CUAAUAAUGGACGCAAUUAUUUAAUAUGAUAAAUCUGAAUUUCAUGAGACAUCAUCUGGAAUAAAAAUAUCUAAGAAAUCUAUAAUUAAGGGCACUGAAUAAAUUAAUGUAAGUGGUAGAUGCAUCUUUUUUCAUGAUGUUAUUUUAAGAGGAGAUUUAGCUAAAGUAUCAAUAGGCAAAUAUUUGGUUGUUCAUGAAAAGGUCACCCUAAAACCAUCAUAUACCUAUGGUUACACAAAAGAAUCACCUACAAAAAAGGUCAUAAAAUUUCUUCCUUUAAUGAUAAGUGAUUAUGUAGAAAUUGAUUCAAGUUCUAUUAUUUAGGCCUCUAAAAUAGGUACUUGUACAUCAAUUGGAAAAAAUUGUUACAUUGUAAUUCUUGAAUGUUUAUGGUGUGUAGUCUCAUAGAUGUAUAAUUGGAGAAAACUCAAUAAUUCUUGAUGAUUCCAUAUUGCCACCUGAUACUGUUGUGCCUGCCAAUAGCGUAUAUGGAGGAAGACCAGCUAUCUACAUAGCUGAAACACCAGAAUCAACUGCAAUAAUUCAAAAGCAAAAAUUGAUCAAUUUUUAUAAAAACUUUGUGCCUAAGAGUUGA